GGAGCACAACCAGAUCCAACUGAGCUGUAGAAUCUAUUACCAAACUGAACCUCGAGGAGAUUAAACGUAUUUUUCGUUUGCGUUUCCAAUUCUCAGUCGAGAAUCUCCGGUUUCAUCUGUUGCAAAUGUGUAAUUGAUAGUCUCAUGAAAUAAUAAUAAAAAAAAAAAAAAAAAAACGAAACUGUGGUUCCUCUUGGAGUCUUGCUUGUGCAUUUAAAGUGGUUAUCUUUUGUAGACAUUGUGCGCGAUUCAGUGAUUUACGCAAGUGAACUGCAUCUCUUGGCAUUUUUCGACAGUGAUAUGUGUGGAACAUUUCCUCUUUUUUUUGGGUGAUGAAAAUUAACAUCGAGCAGUGAAUUGCGACAAGGGAAGAAAAUUUAUUCCAUGAAAUUUAUUCCAUUUGACGGAUCCACCCUCUCGACGCUUCAGACGCCGAUCACUAGAACUGGUAGAAAAUUUCAUAACAAGGUUCUCUGUCUCUCAUUUGGGGGAGUAGUAAACCCUAAAUCAACUGUCAUGACAAGACGAAAUUUUACUUCAAGGUAGAUCAAAAGUGAAAUUUACAAAAAGACAUUUUCGAUUUUUAACUUGAAAAUAUUGAUCCACUUUAUUAAACACAAAUAUGGCCAUACCAUUCGCAUUGCCAUCAGAAGAUGAAGCUGAAACUCAGGGGCAACAGCUGGAACAACUUAUGCUGGAUCUGUACGGAGCUUUGCAACAGGUUCUUCGCAGUAGGAGCUUCCAACAUCCUUCCAGAAAUCAUCGGUUACCACGUCGAUCAGGUGACAUCCCUGGAUCUCGAGAGCGUUCUAUUGUUCUGGUGGAUUCCGAUUUAUCACGAUUGCCACUGCCAGACUUAGUGCUCUCAGCUGUGGAACAACUUCCAGCACCAACGCCUCAAGUAACUGUCUCGGCACCAAACAGUCCAACACGAGAUGCAGCAUUUCAAUUUCCAGAAUGUAAUGCUCCAGUACCAAGUCCACGACCAAAACCAAGAAGACGUCGAUUAACAUCCGAAAGUGCAAUCCCUGACAAAGGUCCAUCGGAUUCCAAAAAAUGCAAUAGUUCUUGCUGUUCAGGUCACUUAAACUUAUGUACAACGCUCAAAGAGAGGGAAUGGGUCACAGUUGGCGCUAAUCUCAGAAACAUCGCUGAUGACUUUCAUGCAGCCAGAACCAAGGAUGCGGAAAUGGAGAAGUCGAGAUUGCCAGUGCUGGGUUCGACAUUCAUAAGCAACUCCAACAAUUCGUCGUCAACAGAUAGUAUUUUAUCAAUGUUGAUCCCGGCACCACUUCGAGAAACACUCUGGACGACAGUGGCUCUCUACCUUGGUUGGAGGCUGGUGUCACGUUUACGAUAGAGUUACCUUGCUUGUAUCUUUGCUUGCCAUAAUGACAGGCAUUAAAUAGGCACAAUUCAACAAGCAUCAAGUGUCUCUCUAUCUGUGAGCCAUUUGAUAUCUAUUGGUCAUCUUCGGAGAUAUGCGCACCAAAACCAAUUAGUACAUGAUCUAGACAGAGAUUUUGUCCCAUCGCCCUAUGGCCAAUACUUAGAAUUUGUAUGGUUGAGAUUCCGAUGAAUCGGAAUUUUACAUAACCCAAAAAUUCUAACUUCUUUUUUAAUACCUAUGACGUAUUUUUGUAAAUUUUUGCCAGUCAACGUACUAAAUUGCUGAUGACUGUUUUGCAGUAAAUAUACAAGAGCAACCUAUUUAAAAAUUCGAAUUUCUUGCCAAUGAAUUUUUGAGAAAAUAGUGUUGUCUUGAAUGAAUCUUCACUUGUAAGUCGUUGAUAGUAGAUAAUUACAAGUUGAUAGAUAUUUUAAUAUCUUGUUUUACUUUUGCAUUCUUAUAUGCGGUGAUAAAAAAAAAUAUGUCACCUUAUUCACUGAGGCCCAGAGAGUGCCAUGUAUCUCCCUUAGUGAUCUUACGAAAAGCAAACGUUUUUUAGAUGUAUUGAUCACAACAUGAGUGAUUUUAGAAAUUUUUGUAGUGAUUAUCGGACCGGAAAGGGAUACGGGGAAGCUACGAACGAGUUCCAAAGAGAACUUAACUCAAUAAUCAAAUUAUGAUCUCAUUAUGGAUAAAUAAAGAGAAUUAAAUAAGAUAGUGCUAUUGUAUAUGGUGAUAACAGAAAAAAAAGGUCGUGUCUUGCUUUAUAGGUAAUGCAGUUUAAGAGUCAACAAAGUUUAAUAUUAUAUUAAAUGAAAUGUAAAUGAAUUUGUUUUUGUCAGAUAAACUUAAUUAUUCACUCACGUGAAAUUUAUUUUUCGAGAUACUCGAAACUAGAAAAUUAUAUAAUUUUACAUUUGUGUUUUAGAGAAAAAAAUUUUAACCUAUAUAUGGUAAUUAAUGAAUUUGUCUUUAUUUUAAAAUUCUUGUACUAUGUGAUAAUUCGUGAUAUAAUUUUAAUUGAUCGAAAUUAUAAUAUUUCUGUGUUUUUCGAGGGAUAAAUAGAUAUAUAACAUAAGACAAAUAAAUUACCAAUAAACUUAUGAGGUGUUGUGAUAAUUUUUUUCAAAUUUCGUGCAUCUCGUAAGAGCAUUAUAAUUUUUUUGGGGAUAAAAUUCAGUCCUGUUUCUUAAAGGACAGGAAUCGCAAAGAAAAUUUAAAUGUAACGUGAAGGAGUAACUUUUUUAAUGUAUAAAAAGCAACUACAGUAAUUAAAUCAUUAAUAAGUCGCGGUUUAAUUAAUUAAAGUAGAUAAUCGAUAGAUCGAGGAUCGCAGCAUAUGAUUGGCUCGCUGCGAGACCCGUGGACAGUUUUCAAAUGAUCUCCGGUAGCUUAGCUCUUAGAAGCGUUCUUAUCCAAGUUGAACGUUUAUUAUAGCACUUCGGAGGAGGCGUCUUUUUACUAUAAUGUUUCUCUGUUUUUAUUCUACAUAUUCCUUGUUUUUAUUAUUUUCUUUAUCAAAAAAAAAAACCUUUAUCUUUAAAUAUGAAAGUCUUAGUAUUUAUGAAAGUAAUUUCAUUGGCUCAUGUAUAACUAUUAGGAGAUUUAUCUAUUGUAAGAAAUUAAUACAGUUACUUUAUUUGCUCAUAUUUAGUUUUUGUUACAGAAAAGAGUAGAAGAAUAGUUCAUAAGAACUGAUAAUAAAUUUCAAUGUUAAUUUUUUUUUUUGCUCAAGUUGAACAAGUUGGUGGAUUUUUUUUAGCAUUUCUUCUUCCUUAUUACAUAUAGAGUUGUUGAAUUUUGAUCCUGAGGAUCAAAAUGGGAAUGUACAAUAGCAACAGAGAAUAAUCAGGAUGAUGAAGUUCACAACGUUUGUUAAUGAUUAUCAAAGAGAUAUUCGGUGUAAAAAACAGUUUUCCAAAGUUUAAUUAUCAAUUAGACGAAAAAUGUUAUUGUUUUUUUUUUGAAUCAUUAAUCACAAUCGUUGAGAAGUUGGUCAUUAUGAAUAAUCCGCAAAAAUGGUUAUUAUGAAUCCACUUCUAUCUGUAUUAUUUUUCUAUAUUUCUUACUUGUGCCGUAAUAUACUUGUCGCUAAUGAGUAUUCCAGUGUGUAUAGUCAUAGUAUUUAUUUAGAUAGCAUAUCUACUUCCGUAUUCCCUUUAUCUACGAGCCUGAAAUCGCUCUUUUAAUCGUCGCGGUCAAAUAAUAUUUCAUGUAAAACAUAAAAGUAAUUGAGAAUUUUAAUCAAGGAUGACACCAAAGAUAUUCUUUCAUAUUUCUGUAACAAUAUGAUCUAUAUUUAUUAAAUUCUUUAAGUUUUAAUUAUUCGAAAAUUUAAAUAAACAUAUUAAUAAUUAAAUACUAAAAUUUUUUUUAAUUUAAAAUUUUUUUAUCGUUAAAUUUUAUCACAUAAAAAAAAUUAAUCUCAAUUUCUUUUGUGAAAUAAAAGAGUGAUAUAUUUGAAAAAAAAAGCAAGUACUAUUGAUCUUUAUAGCAAUAGGAAAUCUAAUUAGUGUCCUGAGACACUAUAUUUCUUCAACCAAAAUAAUGUAAUCCUCUUUUUUAUAUUGCACAAGGUGAUACGACGCACAAACAAAAAAAAAUGUGUGGCCCUAAGGCCAAAAGUUGCUUAUUUUAUAUGAUAGACGCGAUUUUAGAGAAAUAAGCAGAAGAAAGUAGGAAGGAGGUUAUUGUGAAGGCCUGAAGAAAUUUUAAGAUGAAUUUUUAAAUAUGAGAAACAGAUUGCAUGUAAAUAUUAAUGCUUUUCCCGUGCCCGUUAAUAAUCACGGUGCCGAAUGUUUAUUUGUUUUUUAAUUAUUUUUUUAUGAAAUAGAAUCGUAAUUAUUUGUAGCUAGUAGUCAGCCAUAUGAAGAAUGAAUAAUUACUGAUAAACAUUGAUAAAAAAUAUAUAAAUAUAUAUAUAUGGAAGACAUAAAUAUAUGAAAUAUAUAUGAAAUAUAUAUUUUAAAUGAUAUAUUUGGAAAAAAAAUACCAACUAUUGUUUCGAAUAACAAAAAGUCGAAACUUUUUGAAUGAAACGAGAGUCAAAUCGCCAUAUAAGGCAAAUUUUACAAGAUUUAUAGAGAGGCGUUUGUGAAAGGUUUUCAAAAGCGCGGUCCAUAAUGAAGAUGAAACAAAGAGGUGGAAUAUAAGCUGUAACUGUGACUAUGUGGAUCGUGGGGGGCAGGCUGUGUUUUUUUUAAACAUAUAAUUUCGAAAUAAUCCCUCAUAACAGCCGGAUAUUCAGAAUAUCCACCGAUUAUCUUGAAUAGCUGGGUGUUAUGCGGAAAACUGAAAUUUCUUUUCAAUAUUUCAAAAAAAAAAAAAAAAAAAAAAAAAAAAAAAUAAGUUUACAGACGAAAGACAGCAGCCCGCCCACCCGAGAUCCCCGCGCGUCAAAGCGUCACUGUGAUCUCGUAAUUAUUAAUAAAUAUCUAAUUAUAAUGACGAAUAAUCAUACGAAUAUUUGUAAAAACCACAAAAAAAACCAUCCCUAGACCCAAUCCAAUUCCUCUCAACCACGUGAAAGAGUCUAAGAUUGUAUUUUGCAUUUAUUAUUGUGUUUUUUAAUUAUAUUUUACAAUAUAUGCAUUUAGUUUGUAAUCAGAAUUCUAAUUUUAAAACACACCUUUCAAAUGAUCUCUUGGAGGAGUCGAUUGCUGUUACGCGAGCUUGCACUUCCAAUGCCCUUCGAUUUUCGUUCAAAGAAUUUUAGUUUCUUUAUGUUUUUUUUUUUUUUACUUAUUCAUAUAUAUUUUUAUGUUUCUACCAUUUUAUACCAGAGUAUUUUCUUAAUUCGGAAAACGAAGAGCAUUGGCGCUCAUGCUAGUUAAUUUACUUCUAUAAUAUUAUUAUUGUAUUAUUACGAUUCUCAUUAUUAUUAUUAUUAUAUUAUUAUUAUAUUAUUAUAUUAUUAUUAUUAUUAUUAUAUUAUUAUUAUUAUAUUAUUAUUAUUAUUAUUAUUAUCAUCGACUUGAUGAUUAUUAGCUGUAUUGUAUCGUCGCAGUUAAGUUGAACAUUACUCCUGCGUUAAAGAGGUAAUCGACUAGUCUUUACCAGACAGAGAUUCUUUUUACGAUAUUGGGUAUUUGCUGAGAUUGAGAUUUUUUCUGGUUUCAUUUUAAGCAUUUUACCGCUUUGUACCGUCAUAAGAAAGCGACAAUGUUAAUUGCGUAUAAAUUUUUAAAACCUUUGUUCAAUUAUGCUAUUCUCAUUGUCGUUCUUUUCAUCACAGAGGAUAAAGUAGGAUAAAUUCGCGCUUGCGCAGAAUAUAAGAUCAUCAAUCGCAUUUUUGAUUUUUCUGCGCAGACGCGAAUUUAUCCUACUUUACCCUUAGCGAUGAAAACAAACUCUAUGACAUUUGUUUUCUUUUUUUUUUCAAUGUCCCAGUAAUAAAUUAUUGUAGUACAUGUUUAGAAUGGUAUCACUCGAUCUUCUUUUGUCAGUAUUUUAAUUUGGGCCUCGUCUCGCGCCGCACCAUUUUACUGCCAAUAAUAUGCAUUUCUCGUAUCUGCUAAAGAUUCUUUUUUAUUUUAUAAUUAUAUAAAAACCAAUUGAUGAUAUUUUCCCAUGUUCUUUCUAUAAAGUUUCUUUCUUUUUUUUCUUUUACAAAUAUUGGGAAUUUUUUUGUUAAACACGAGAUCUCGCUAAAUGAGAAAUGCCGUCCACGGCUAUGAGAAAAGGCUCAUUUUUAUUAGCAUAUACUCCAAAAAAAAACACUUUCACGUGAAAAACUCAAAUUAAUUCUUUAUAAAUAUUACUAUGUUUAAAAUUAAAAAAGAAUUUUUAUUUGCUCAGACUGUCUAAGUUUGCCAUAAAUAUGUAUUUUUUUUUAAAAAAAAUGCGUAUCAACGUGCACAAAAUGUGUCAAGGAAUCUCAAUGAUAAUUUUUCUCAAAUUUCAAUGGUGCCAAUCGCAAUACUCUUACACAUGCACGCACGUCUCGAGCCAGAAUGAUCGAAGGGAAUAGUAAUGUUAGUUUAUAGUUUCUAUUGUCUUUUUUUUUUGCUUGACUCAUUUUAUUCGAUCUCUCGACUUUUGUCUCCUUUAGCGCUUUAACAAAAAAAAAAAAAAAAAAAAUGUGAUAUGUCUAAUUAGAAAAAAAUUUUCUUCAUCUCUGAUAAAAGAUAUGGGCAGUAAUGAAAAAAAUUUUCACUUAAAACAUUUUUUAAAUUACUCCAAAAUAUUUUUAAUGCAAUUUAAUAUCAAAGUGCACUUAUUUAAAAACCAUAUCUCUCGUCAGUUAGCGCAAAAAAAUUUUUGGGACCAGAAUCAAUAUUGUACCUACGAUUAAAAAUUUCUUUUUUUAUAAGAGCUAACGAAUACUAUUUUUAUUAUAAAAUUAUUUUUAAUUAUUCAAUUAAAAAUCCCAGUGAGACUUAGUCGAGGAUCGCAAUAGGAACUAUUUUUUUUUAUUUCCCAAUUUUAAAGAACCUUGUAAUUUUUGUAAUGCGUUACCUGUAGCCAAAUGGACCAUUGACCGCCGUGAUCUAUUCGAUUAUAAUAUAGAAAAGAAAAGAGAGAGAGAGAGAGAGAGACAAAAUGAGAGUGAGAGUGAGAGAGAUUAAACGAUUGAAAGGAAAAAAAAAUUGUUCAUUGUUUUUGAAUUUCUAUAUAAAAAAAGAAUGUAAUUGUCUGCUCUCUCUCAUGCGACGCUGGCUUUAAAUUUUAAAACAUCAACAAGUUUUAGUAAACACAGAUGCUUUUCUCAUAUAUAAUAAACAAAUUUUUUAUAGCUGGUUUUGCUCUCAAGCUGCUGUAAGCUCGCAAUUGCCUUGUGAUAAAGUCUGGACUAUGUACCGUUUUGUUGUUGUUUCUUUUUUGUUUUUGCAAUUAUCAAUUUUGAAAAAGAAAGAAAAAUAUGAAAAAGUAAUAUAUGUAUAAAAGAAAAAAAAUAUAUGUAUAUCGAAACGAAAUUUCGUCCAGCUGACCAAUCCAAAGAAGUGACCAAAUAACGAAGAGGAAACGUUAUUUGCGAGUGUUUAUGCAUGUACUUGAGACGCUACAUUCUUUUAUUAUUUUUUUAAUGAUUAUUUGUUUACGAGAAAUUGAAAAGAACGGCGGUCACGUGAUAAUGUAUCGUAUAAACAAUUCCCUUUUGCGGAUAUACGAUUGUUCUGUUGUAUUAUUCUUUCGUUUUUUUUUCCUAUACUUUUUUUUAAGAAUCAAUGUUAUGACCCGUUAAUGCCUUUAAAUCGUCUAGGUGACGUUGUUUGGUUCCUAAAGUAAAUUAGAAAUGGUGCCGUGAUCAGUGGCGUAACUAAAAAGCAAAAAAAAAGAUCAACCUGCAACAUUUUUUAAUUGAGCUACAUCAUAAAUAAUAGUAAAUAUAUUAUAUCUUUUCUGCUCAGUUUGCAGGGAGAUCUUUGAAUCCACUUUAUAAUAGUUACGCUAUUGGCCGAGAUGAAAAUCAGAAUUAAAAAAAAGGUAACAUUUUCUUCAUGCGCAAUGCAUUAUCUCAAAUUAUUUUUUAAUUUCUCUUUUUGUUUCUUAAUCAGUCUUUUUUUUAUUUACUUCCAUUUUGUAUUUGAUUUUGAAAAAUAAUCAAAUUCUACGCACUAAAAGUUUUAUAAAUAUGUACAAUUAAGUUUCUUAUUGCUGUAUAAUUGAAAAUGUAAAAUCGUUAUAAAAAAAAAAAAUAUUUUUUUAUAUGAAUCAAAAUUAUUAUUUAAGAAAGGAAAAGAGAGAUUAUAAAGAAAAAGCGCAAAGCCACAGGACCCAAUCAUACGAUGCUGUGUUAUUUAAGUCAUUAUAAGACAAUACGUUAUUGCUACUUUUAUUUUAUUUUAUGACAUUUUUUUCAUGUUAUUAAUUUUAUUAUAAUUUUACGUGCUAAAUGAAUAACUGUAUUAUUCAUAUUAUUUGAUUUAUAUUUCAGUUUUUUUUAUUCUUGUAAUUAUAAAUUCCUCUUCCUAUCCCUCUGCUCCCCAUGUUCCGAAUCUUAAGGGAUCGUUUUUACGUCCGCUAUUAAGUCGAUGUAUUUUUCGAAUCAAGAAUUUUAUUAAAAACAAAAGUGCGAAGUGGUUAGAAGUCCAACAAUGAAACGUAUUAUUAAUUAUGUAAACACGGACAGGGGCAUCUCUCCGCUACCCGCAUGUCUUUCAUUGUACAGAUUUUUUCACUUUUAUAGUUAUCGUAAUGUUACGAUAUCGAUUACUCGACAACUAUAUUGUUGUCGUAUUAUUAUUGUACUUGGUUUUUUAUUAAAUAAAUGUGAACACGCCGAAAGCAUAUAA